CAUUCUUACCUUUCUCAUCAUAGAUUCUCCUCCCCAGGAGUUUUACACUAAAUAUUCAAAAUGAUGACAAUAUCUUUGAUCUGGGGGAUUGUUAUAGUAGUGUGCUAUUGCUUGUGGCUUAUUCUUGGAAUAAGGAGAAGGCAAAUGGGUGAACCACCUCUAGAGAAUGGGUUGAUUCCAUACCUGGGCUGUGCUCUGCAAUUUGGUGCCAAUCCUCUUGAGUUCCUCAGAGCAAAUCAAAAGAAACAUGGUCAUGUUUUUACCUGUAAACUAAUGGGAAACUAUGUCCAUUUCAUCACAAAUCCGAUGUCAUACCAUAAGGUGUUAUGCCACGGAAAACACUUUGACUGGAGAAAAUUUCAUUUCAGUACUUCUGCAAAGGUAUUUGGGCAUAGAAGUGUUGACCCAAGUGAUGGACAUACCACUGAAAACAUAAACAAGACUUUCAUCAAAACCCUGCAGGGUAUUGCUUUGAAUUCCCUCACAGAAGCCAUGAUGGAAAACCUCCAUCUUCUCCUGAGACCUUCGGUCCUCCCCAAACCAAACAUGGCUGCCUGGGUGACAGAAGGUAUGUAUUCCUUCUGCUACCGAGUGAUGUUUGAAGCUGGGUAUUUAACUCUCUUUGGCAAGGAUCUCACAAGGCAAGACUCACAGAGAGUGCUUAUGCUAAGUAACCUUGACAACUUCAAGAAGUUUGACAAGAUCUUUCCGGCCCUGGUAGCCGGCCUGCCCAUUCACAUGUUCAAGACAGCCUACCACGCCCGGGAGAAGUUGGCUGAGGGCUUGAGGCACGAGAACCUCCGCAGGCGAGACGGCGUCUCCCACCUGGUCAGCCUGCGCAUGCUACUCAACGACCAGCUCUCCACCUUCGAUGACAUGGAGAAAGCCAAGACGCAUCUCGUCGUGCUCUGGGCAUCUCAAGCAAACACCAUUCCAGCAACUUUCUGGAGCUUAUUUCAAAUGAUUAGGAGUCCUGAAGCAAUGAAAGCAGCUACUGAUGAAGUGAAUAGAACAUUAGAGAAUGCUGGUCAAAAAAUCAGCUUUGAAGGCAAUCCCAUAUGCUUAAACCAAAUGCAACUGAAUGACAUGCCAGUCCUAGAUAGCAUCAUCAAAGAGUCUCUGAGGCUCUCCAGUGCUUCCCUGAACGUCCGGGCUGUGAAGGAGGAUUUCACUUUGCACAUAGAGGAUGGUUCCUUCAACAUCCGCAAAGAUGACUUCAUAGCUUUUUAUCCUCAGUUGGUGCACUUAGAUCCCAGAAUCUAUCCAGACCCUUUGACUUUUAAAUAUGAUCGAUAUCUUGAUGAAAAUGGGAAAGCAAAGACCAACUUCUGUUGUAAUGGACUCAAGUUGAAAUACUACUACAUGCCCUUUGGAUCAGGAGCUACAAUAUGUCCUGGGCGAUUAUUUGCUGUUCAUGAAAUUAAGCUAUUUUUGAUUCUGAUGCUUUCUUAUUUUGAACUAGAGCUUGUGGACAGUCAUGUUAAAUGUCCUCCUUUGGACCAGUCCCGUGCAGGCUUGGGCAUUUUACCACCAUUGAAUGAUAUUGAGUUUAAAUAUAAAUUCAAAUAUUUGUGAAUCUAUGGUUGCAAAAAGAGGCCACUAGAAGAUGUUGCGGGACCGCAGAACACCACCACUUAACAGUCCCUCUGGACAAAUGCAUUUAGUGAAACUACUCGGCAGAUCCAAUGCUGUUUACCAAAGCUUGCUUGUGAAUCAUAACGUUUUGGUGACGGUUUCUAGAUCUCAGAAUCUCAAUCUGUGCUACUGAAAAGAACUAGUCUCUAAAAGCACAAUAAUUUGUUUUCCUUUGAAUAAGUGAAUGAAUGUUCAUAGCCAGGGACUGAACUUUAUCAUUUUCACAGGAAAAAAAUGUCUUUUUU